CUAUUGUUUAUGCGCAUGCGCUAGAAAGCGAACUUGUUUCGCAACAACACAUCAAUAUAACCAAUUAAGUACUAGCUCGUAAAUCAUUCGACUUCAGAAAUUCUGUUUAAAAUCGAUAUCGCUCUUAACGUGAUAAUGAUAAAAAGUCGAUCAAGUUUAAUCAUCUUCUCUAUUGUCGUAUCAAUUGUCAAUGCUACCGUUCCGGGAACCGCGAGCGCAAACGAGAUUAAUCAGCCACAAAAAAAGAAAACUCAAUUCAAUGGAGGAGCUUUGUAUCCAAGAGCAACAGAGACCAGAGAUUUGAGAAGAUUAGAUGGUAUAUGGAACUUCAGAAGAUCACCAACAGAUCCUGAAUACGGUUACCGAAAUGGCUGGUACGAACAGGAUCUCGAAAAGACGGGUCCAAUUAUUCCGAUGCCGGUUCCGGCGUCGUAUAACGACAUUGGCGAGGAUGCUUCUUUGAGAGACCACGUCGGCCUAGUGUGGUACGACAGACGUUUCCAUGUUCCACCGUGGUGGUCUAAAAUGGAACAGCGCGUUUGGCUCAGAUUUAGCAGCGUGCAUUACGCUGCACAAGUUUGGGUGAACGGAAAACCGGUGACCUACCAUGAAAUCGGUCACCUGCCCUUCGAAGUCGAAGUUACUGAUUUCGUGAAUUACAACAGCAGCAACCUCCUUACUGUCGUCGUGGACAACACAUUACUCAGUGACACGGUGCCACAGGGAUCUAUACGAGACAUUUUUGUAGGAAACACGAAAAUUCGUCAAGAACAGUCAUAUACAUUUGACUUCUUCAACUAUGCGGGUAUUCACCGCUCCGUGUUCCUUUACACCACGCCGCAGGCCUAUAUUGAUGAUGUCAUCGUCAACACAGACAUACAAGGACUAACUGGUUUCGUAGUCUACAACGUGACGUAUAAAAGCACGAUAUCCAGCACACAAUGCCUCAUACAAUUAUACGAUAAGAACGGCACCCAAGUAGCCGGUGCUAAUGACUGCGCUGGUCUUCUGGAGCUCGGGAACGCCAACUUUUGGUGGCCCUACCUCAUGCACCCAGAGCCUGGCUAUUUAUAUACUUUAAGGGCAUCUCUGUUAGGUCCAUUAGGAGAAUUAAUUGAUACUUAUAGUUUGAAAGUCGGCAUAAGGACUGUGACGUGGAGCAACACAACGAUCUACCUCAACGAUAAGCCGAUCUAUUUAAGAGGGUUCGGUAUGCACGAAGAUUCCGAUCUACGUGGAAAAGGUUGGGAUCCUGUUUUAUGGGUGAAGAACUUCAACCUCAUAAAAUGGGUCGGCGCGAACGUGUUCCGCACAUCUCACUAUCCCUACGCUGAAGAAAUCUACCAGCUGGCGGACGAACAGGGCAUCAUGAUUAUUGACGAAUGUCCUGGCGUUGACACUGAUAUCUUCACGGACGCACUGCUGGAGAAGCACAAACAGUCUCUGACUGAACUCAUCCGGCGAGACAAGAAUCACCCUAGUGUCAUCAUGUGGUCUAUCUCCAACGAGCCCAGAUCUCAGAAUGUUAAGGCUAAUGCAUAUUUUGGGAACGUCGUGAAACACGUGAAGUCCAUGGAUUUGUCAAGACCAGUUACGAUUGCAAUCGCUCAAAACUACCUCAUUGAUAAAUCGGGUCAACACUUGGACGUGAUUUGCUUCAACCGAUACAACGGCUGGUAUGCGAACACGGGCUCGUUGCUGAACAUCGCCGCGUACGUGGUGGACGAGGCCACCGCCUGGUUCCGGAAGCACAACAAGCCCGUCAUCAUGACGGAGUACGGAGCGGACACUAUUGCCGGAUUGCAUAUGUUACCAGAAUACGUGUGGUCGGAAGAGUACCAAGUAGCAGUAAUGUCGGAACACUUUAAAGCUUUCGACCGAUUACGACACGCUGGAUUUUUCUCUGGGGAGUUCAUCUGGAACUUCGCCGACUUUAAGACUGCACAGACGAUAACGCGAGUGGGGGGCAACAAGAAGGGCAUAUUCACGCGGGCGCGGCAGCCCAAGGCGUCGGCGCACCACCUGCGGGCGCGCUACCUCGCGCUGGCGGCGGCCGACGCCGGCGCCGCGCCGCCCGCGCCCGCGCUCUACGUCAGCGACCACGCGCCGCUCGCGCGCACGGAGCUCUAGGCAGCUCGAGGGGGCGCUGGGUCGAAUCGAUCGAAUAUUCACUUUCAUUUGAUGCCUUGUUAGACUGGUAGCUCGUUGUUUAUGAAAUGGAAACCGAUGCGCCGUUCGGUCUUCGUAGUGUAAAAUUUGAGUUAUAUCGGUAAUCACACCGUCGCCGAUCGUACCCGAUCAGCCGGAGCCGAGCAGAAAAAAUGUAUUACGUCUGUCCCGAUCAGUAUGUGUGCUUAGCUUCAUUGAUUACUGCAAACAGCACAAAGUCUUAUAGCAGCUGAUAUUUUGUAUUGUAAAUAAUACACUCAUAAUGUACCUAAGCUCCUUUCGGUUCUCUCUUAUUUUCGAAUUCCUGAAUAUGUUUUAUACUUUUAUUUCGUUUAUUUUAUUGCCCCGUUUGUUUGUAUCCAUUUUACUUUAAGACUAAAAAUAUUUACAAAAAUGUCCUGGGUGCCGACACGAAAGGACGAUACAGAGAGAGAAGGUAAGUAUAAACCCACCAACAAAAACUUAACUAAGCACAUGUUUUACUUAUGUUUAUUCGUUUAUAUUCUAUACACUGUAACUUUUGUAUUAUUGUAAACUAUUAUAUUCCUAAAAAUAAUGUUACCUUUUAAUUUGACAUGUUGCAUUGUAAUCGGUUGAAACGAAUAUGUUGUGUUUGUUAAUAUUUAUUGUGUGUAAUUUUAUUAAAGUACAAAUAUUA